UAUUAUGUCUGAUAUGACGUAUAGAUUCACACACUGCGAUACUUUUAAAUGUGUGUUUAGGAUGUGCACUAGUGAUAGCAUAUACAGGAAUGCAGAAGAAUGAUUAUUUUGGUCAAGGUGUCUGUAUGCCACCAGCUGAAAUACCAUCAGAGGAUAAUGUACUCAUUAGCAGUGCACAUAUUACAACAGCUGAUACAAUACAUGAACAAAAUGUAUUGAUUGACAAUGACAUAAAGAAUCAAGAAGAUGAUGCAACAUCAAACACAAAACAGUCAUUAAGGGAAAGAUUAGUGAAAGAUGAUGAUUUCAGGCGUAAAUUUAUAUUAUGGAUUUUCCUUUGUAUGUCUAGCGGCAUUCUGGGUUGGGUUAUUGGACAAUUAAGUCCUUCGCUGCUGGACCUGAAAGAGAUAACUAAUAGUAGACUAGAGGAAGCUUUGUUUUUUCUGACGUCGGUUUUUAUUGGCUAUCUGAUAGGAGCAAUUGUCAGUGGAGCUAUAUACCAGCGGAUGAACCCGUUCUUGCUGAUUUUCCUUGGAAAUACCGCUCUCGGUGUCACAUCUGCGGCGAUUCCGUGGUGCUCUCUUUAUGGAGUAAUGGUUUCUAUGCAUAUAGUGAAGGGUUUUGGUUAUGGCGUUCUCGAUACAGCCGGAAAUUCUGUGUUUAUUUCCAACUUUAAACACGAGAAGGGAAUACAGUCAUAUCUACAUGCCAUACAUCUCAUGUUUGCUGUUGGUGGGUUUUUGUCUCCAAUAGCAACAGCGCCGUUUCUAAUGCAGGAUCUUCCUAGCACACAAAUGGACGAAAAUCUAAAUUUAACCAUCUACCAAAAUACUAGUUUGUUAUCAACAUCAAGUUUACCUUCUAUUUUAUUCAUAGAAAACAGCACUGAUUUUUCGAAAGUGCAGUAUGCUUUACAGACGGCUAACAAUUCUAACAUGACAUAUAAUGCUGAUUUACAUGAUAGAAACAAUACUGAGCACAUUCAAAGACGUUCAGUACUGUACAAAGCAUAUCUGAUUUCAGCAGGCCUCUGUUUCAUGCUUGCGAUAUCAUUUCUGUUCAUGUGUUUUACCAACAAUAAAACAUACAAGGAAGAGAAGUCGAAACAAAUGGAUAAAAAAGCGGAAUUGCCUAACCGUAUAAAAUUUAGUAUUCUUUUUUUAAUGUGCCUUUUCUUAGGAAUCGACCAAGGAAUGGAAGAUACAUUUUUUGGACUAUUUACUACAUUUGUUGUGGUUCAGCUUGGAUGGACGAAAAAAAGUGGAUCAUACAUAACUUCUCUUUAUUGGGCAUCAUUUGCUUGUGGUCGUAUAAGUGCUAUUUUUAUCGGCCAAAGAUUGAAAGCUUCAAACUUAUUACGCUAUUACAUUAACGUUUUUCUCUUAGCUAUGAUUGGACUUUUUGUGUCCACAAUGUUUGCUUUUGAUAUAGGAAUUUGGAUAUUUUUUCCAGUUAUGGGAUUUACCGCAUCUGUUUUCUUUCCAUCAAUAUUUUUAUGGACGCAAGAUUUUCUAACUGUUGCUGGAAAAGUGUCAUCACUUUUAUUAAUUACGGCGUCAUUAGGAUCUAUGCUUAACCCGAUUUUGAUUGGAUAUUUAAUGGAUAAUAACGGUUCAAUAUGGUUUGCUUAUAUAAUAUUAGCGGAUGGUAUAGUCAUGUGGAUUAUGGUGUGGGUAGCUACUUAUGUUUCUCAUUAUGUUAAAAAAUAUCGUGUGGAUAUAAAAGUUGGAUGUACUGAAAUUUAAGAAAAUAGUUCAUAAUAGUAGUAUGUCAGGGUUGAAUCACUGAAGUCGAUGAAUGUGUCGUGUUGUAUGAAACUUCUUCAGGAACGCUCUGAGCUAAACAUUGGGCAACCAAAGAGGAAUAAUACAUUUGGAACGAUAAUGCAAAAAAUGGAAUUAAAAGAAUCACCAAAAACCGUCAUAGGGCAACUCCCAGUUUGCCUAUGAAAGUUGUUAAACAUUGUUUUUUUUUAAUAAUUUAUUAAAUUUUUAACUUACUUUUACGCUGAAAUUUAAAGAGACUAUCUAAAAUAAGUAUAAAAUAAGUUAUUUUGUAUUGUUGACCAGAUAUGUGUAAAGAACGUUUUUUGCAUGUAUUGUAAAAGCAAUAUUACCACCCUGGUUAGAUAGAGCGGAGAAUAUGAAGUUUGUUUCGACCCUUAUGUCUAUUGUUUUUUAUGCCCCACCUACGACAGUAGAAGAGCAUUAUGUCUUUUGGUCUGUGCGUCCGUUCGUUCGUUCGUUCGUCCGUCCGUUCGUCCGUCUGUCCCGCUUGAGGUUAAAGUUUUUGGUCAAGGUAGUUUUUGAUGAAGUUGAAGUCCAAUCAACAUGAAACUUAGUACACAUGGUCCCUAUGAUAUGAUCUUUCUAAUUUUAAUGCCAAAUUAGAGUUUUGACCCCAAUUUCACGGUCCACUGAACAUAGAAAAUGAUAGUGCGAGUGGGGCAUUCGUGUACUAUGGACACAUUCUUGACAAAUCUUUGAAAUAAGAAAAACAAUAAUGUGGAGCUGUCGUUCACUUAGGGGUACGCCACUAGUAAAUUGAUAUGUAUCAUGGUUUGAACGGUGAAUUCGACCUUAACAUCACCUGAAAUGUCUAAACAUAAAAUACGUCUUGAUAAGUGUUUGAGUCAAUUUUCAUAUAUCUCUUUGCAGGACAUUCAACACCUAUUUAUGACAUUUUUUAGGUUCUAAAGGUAGUGACUGGGGUCAUGAAGGAAGAAAUUUUAUUCUAAAUAACUUCCAGGUUUUGUAAAUAAAGUUACUUGCUCUUGUCCAUAUGAUUUUACAAUGUGAAAUAAGAAUAGAGGGGCAUCAUAUAUAAACUACUGUUAUUGUGAAAUCGUGAUGAUCGUAAAAUAAGAAUAGAGGCUAUCAUAUAUAUAAACUACUGUUGUCGUAAAAUCAUGUUGAUUAGAGCAAGAACACAUGAAAUAAGUGAAAAUCAGUUACAAUAUUAAUGAUUUUUUUCUUAAAACAAUUAAAAAAAACAAUAAUAUAUAGAACUAGAGGCUCGCAAGAGCCUGUGUCGCUCACCUUGGUCUAAUGUGUAUAUGCAUAUUCAACAAGGGACACUCUCCAACAUUGUAGACGAGAAUAGAAUUAAUGACAAAAAUCUCUAUUUUUUUUUUGUAUCUUAUGUUGCUGAUUAUUGAAGUCUGUUUAGUUUCUCUCUAUCUUCAUGAUCUUAUUUAGCUUUUGCUCCAAACACAAAAGAGGGUAAAAAAAACUCCUAUAAAGGGUAACAGUCUACUAAUUAUAUCAGAAAAAUUUGACUUGUUAGUAGGUCUUGUCUUGCUUAUCAUUUUUGAUUAUUUAAGUGUCUAUCUAUCUAUCAUAGUUUUUAUUAUAUAAGGCAUCUGUGAUAGCGAUACUUUGUGUAAAUUGUGCACCUUCAUUUGGAACUAUUUUAAAAGUGUAUUUUUCAUUAAUCUGAUAUUUUUGAACUUUCACUGACAAACUGUUCGGUCAUGAAUUGUUAUUAUAUUGUUAUACUAAUUAUUAUUGUAUGGAAAUCAUUUUAUUUGCAAUAUUGUUUUUCAAAGUACUUUUUUUAACAUGUAACGAUUUUUCUUUAUGAAGCUUAUUGUGUUAUAAGUAACAAUUAAGUGUCAGUAUGUUUUCACUAAGACAGAAAUUUGUUUCAAUGUAAUACUUUUGAUAAAUAAUAGAUAAAGUCAUAGCUUUACAUAAUUAUUAAGUUUUCUUACGUAAAGAAUAAUUAAUCCUUUAGUCAUUGCAAUUAGCGCUAUUCAGCCUAAAACUCAAGCGACAGAUUUUUGUUAUAUUCUUUUGUUAAUCCUUUAAGUGCUAAUUGUAUUAGUUCAUUGUCAUUCGGUAAUCUCGUUUCUAUUAUGAAAUUGUAACCUUGUAAGUUCUUGAUUUAAAUAUGCUUUCUGAAGUUCUAAGAAUAUGUAAGAGAAUGAUAAUCCCUUUCUUCAUGAUUAAGUACGAGCGUUAGCGAUUACUUAUCAUGAAGUAAGGGAUUAUCAUUCUCUUACAAACUUAGAAUAUUGUAAAGUGCUCAAGGCUCAAAUGAUCUCUUGAUUGGUUGUAUUCAAGAAUUAGUUUCAUUGUCAGUGCAAUGUUUAUAACUGAUGCAUGACUUCCUUUUUCGGCAUGUCAGUUAUGGAUUAGUUUUAGUGAUGUAAGGACUUACUUAUCAUUUGGGAAAUAUUUAAAAAGAAAAUGCGUUAUAGAUAUUACGUGACAAAACAGUACAAAGAAUAGGUAGGAAUUGUAUGUGUUUCCUGAUUGUGAGUAUAAAUGUAAAUCAUGUUAUGUUUUAGUGAGGAAUAGUUCUUUUUUAAUUUACAGUUUAAAUCAAUUAAUACAUUUUAGUAACAACUAAAUUUGAUUUCACAACCAAUAUUUUGGUCCGGCUUUUUACAUCAAAUACUAUUUCAUUAUGCCAGGGAAACAUUCAAAUAAAAUGCCUUUAAAAGUUUUUAAUAUGCUCAAAACUUAAAUUAAGUUCCAGGUUUUUUUUUUAUCGGAAUAUUGGAAAUAACUAUUCUUCCCAACCGCUGAUCCAGUAAUCAAAGUUUUGGAAAGCGAAAGAUUUAGGUUAUUUUAUCUUAAAGCUUUUUGUUUCCUUUUUAGCUCACCUGGCCCGAAGGGCCAAGUGAGCUUUUCUCAUCACUUGGCGUCCGUCGUCCGUCGUCCGUCGUCGUCGUCGGCGGGGUCGGCGUCGUCGGCGGCGUCGGCGUCGUCGUCGUCCGUCGUCGUUAGCUUUUUACAAAAAUCUUCUCCUCUGAAACCACUGGGCCAAAUUUAACCAAACUUGGCCACAAUCAUCAUUAGGGUAUCUUUUUUAAAAAAUGUGUCCGAUGACCCCGCCAACCAACAAAGAUGGCCGCCAUUGCUAAAAAUAGAACAUAGGGGUAAAAUGUAGAUUUUGGCUUAUAUCUCUGAAACCAAAGCAUUUAGAGUAAAUCUGACAAGGGUAAAACUGAUUAUCAGGUCAAGAUCUAUCUGCCCUGAAAUUUUCAGUCAAAUCUGACAACCUGUUGUUGGGUUGCUGCCCCUGAAUUGGUAAAUUUAAAGAAAUUUUGCAGUUUUUAUACGACCGCAAAACAAAUUUUGUGGUCGUAUAUUGGUAUGACGUUGGCGUCGUCGUCGUCGUCGUCGUUGUCGUCGUCCGGCGUCGUCGUCGUCCGGCGUCGUCGUCCGAAGACGCAUUAGUUUUCGCACUCUAACUUUAGUUUAAGUGAAUGGAUCUCUAUGAAAUUUUACCAUAAGGUUCAAUACCACAAAAGGAAGGUGGGGAUUGAUUUUGGGGGUUAUGGUACCAACAGUUAAGGAUUUAGGGGCCAAAAAGGGGCCAAAAAUAAGCAUUUUCUAGUUUCCAGACAAUAACUGUGGAACGGUGUAUGGAUCUCUCUGAAAUUAUACUACAAGUUUCCAUACCACAAAGGGAUGGUUAGGAUUUGCUUUGGGGGGUUAUUGCUCAAACCGUUUAAGAAUAAGGGGCAAAAAAGGGGGAAAAACAAGGUUGUCCUCAUUAAUGGACAAAUACUUAAGUACAAAACAUAAUUUAAAGCAGUGUAAGGGAGAUAAAUCAAAUACAUCAUUGAAAUUAUCUCCCUUACACUGCUUUUAAAUUAUGUAUAAAGUAAUGGUUAAUGAACAAUUAAGAUAAUUUAAAACAGUGUAAGGGAGGUAAUCCAAAUACAACGUUUUGGUUACUUCCCUUACACUGCUUUUAAAUUAUGUUUAAAGAAAUGCAUAUUUAUAAAGGAAGACCAGUAUUGCGCAUUAGAUUUGUAAAAUCUUUGACCACAUUUAUUUAUUUGUUAUGCCAAUUCUAAACGUGUAUUUAGAUUUUUAAUUUUGUGUCCAGUUUUCAAAUUGGUCUACAUUAAGGUCCAAAGGGUCCAAAAUUAAACUUUGUUUGAUUUUAACAAAAAUUGAAUAUAUGGGGUUCUUUGAUAUGCUGAAUCUAAACAUGUAUUUAGAUUUUUGAUUUUUGGCCCAGUUUUCAAGUUGGUCCAAAUUGGGGUCCAAAAUUAAACUUUGUUUGAUUUCAACAAGAAUUGAAUAUAUGGGGUUCUUUGAUAUGCUGAAUCUAAACAUGUAUUUAGAUUUUAGAUUUUUGGCCCAGUUUUCAAGUUGGUCCAAAUUGGGGUCCAAAAUCAAACUUUGUUUGAUUUCACCAAAAAUUAAAUAUAUGGGGUUCUUUGAUAUGCUUAAUCUUACCAUGUAUUUAGAUUUUUUAUUUGUGGACCCGCUAUCAAAUUGGUUCAUAUUGAGGUCAAAAGGGUCCAAAAUUAAACUUUGUUUGAUUUCAUCAAAAAUUGAAUUAUUGGGGUUCUUUGAUAUGCCAAAUCUAACCGUGUAUUUAGAUUUUUAAUUUUGGGUCCGGUUUUUUAAAUUGGUCUACAUUAAGGUCCAAAGGGUCCAAAAUUAAACUUAGUUUGAUUUUAACAAAAAUUGGAUUCUUGGGGUUCUUUGAUAUGCUUGAAUCUAAACAUGUGUUUAGAUUUUUGAUUAUGGGCCCAGUUUUCAAGUUGGUCCAAGUUGGGGUCCAAAAUUAAACUUUGUUUGAUUUCAACAAGAAUUGAAUAUAUGGGGUUCUUUGAUAUGCUGAAUCUAAACAUGUAUUUAGAUUUUAGAUUUUUGGCCCAGUUUUCAAGUUGGUCCAAAUUGGGGUCCAAAAUCAAACUUUGUUUGAUUUCACCAAAAAUUAAAUAUAUGGGGUUCUUUGAUAUGCUGAAUCUUACCAUGUAUUUAGAUUUUUUAUUUGUGGGCCUGCUAUCAAAUUGGUUCAUAUUGAGGUCAAAAGGGUCCAAAAUUAAACUUUAUUUGAUUUCAUCAAAAAUUGAAUUAUUGGGGUUCUUUGAUAUGCCAAAUCUAACCGUGUUUUUAGAUUUUUAAUUUUGGGUCCCGUUUUUUUAAAUUGGUCGAUCUACAUUAAGGUCUAAAGGGUCCAAAAUUAAACUUAGUUUAAUUUUAACAAAAAUUGAAUUCUAGGGGUACUUUGAUAUGCUGAAUCUAAACAUGUGUUUAGAUUUUUGAUUAUGGGACCAGUUUUCAAGUUUGUCCAAGUUGGGGUCCAAAAUCAAACUGUGUUUGAUUUCAACAAAAAUUGAAUAUAUGAGGUUCUUUGAUAUGCUGAAUCUAACCAUGUAUUUUGAUUUUGGACAUUGGACCAUAAUAGGUAAAUUAAAAAAAAUUGAAGUUCUUAGACCACAUUUUUUCUGUGUCAGAAACCUAUGCUGUGUCAAAUAUUUAAUCACAAUCCAAAUUCAGAGCUGUAUCAAGCUUGAAUGUUGUGUCCAUACUUGCCCCAACUGUUCAGGGUUCGACCUCUGCGGUCGUAUCAAGCUGCGCCCAGCGAAGCAUUUUAUUGGUUAUUAUCUUGAAUAUUAUUAUAGAUAGAGAUAAACUGUAAACAGCAAUAAUGUUCAGCAAAGUAAGAUCUACAAAUAAGUCGUCAUGACCAAAAUUGUCAGUCGACCCUUUUAUUGCCCUUAAUAGUCAAUUUUUAACAAUUUUUUGUAAAUUUUUGUAAUCUUUUACAAAAAUCUUCUUCUCUGAAACUACUAAGACAAAUUUAACCAUACUUGGCCAUAAUCAUUAUUAGGGUAUCUAGUUUAAAAGAUGUGUCCGAUGAUCCCACCUUCCAACCAUCAUGGCCAACUUUGUUGAAAAUAGAACAUAGGGGUAAAAUGCAGUUUUUGGUUUAUAUCUCUGAAACUUAAGCAUUUAGAGCAAAUCUGACAGGUGGCAAAAAUGUUCAUCAGAUUUAGAUUUAUCUGCCCUGAAAUUUUCAGACGAAUCCGACAACCCGUUGUUGGGUUGCUGCCCCUGAGUUAGUAAUUUUACAAAAAUUUUGCAGUUUUUUGUUAUUAUCUUAGAUAUCAUUAUAAUAUCUAAUAUCUAAUACUAUUAAUUAUGAUUUUAACCUUAUUUUACAUGAUUUCCAAAGCAUCAGUAAAUACAGGUGAGCGACACAGGCUCUUGAGAGCCUUUAGUUUUGCAUUACUUUGAUAUUGUUUAAUUUCUUAGUAAUUUGAAGUUAUUAAUAUUUUCAUAAUACCAUUCACGGUACCAAUUUAACUGCACCAGUAAACUUCAACUAAUUUUGAGUUUUUUUUUGUUUCCCAAUUCAACUUUUAGUCAGUUUCAAUCACUGUGUGAAAAAUGCUUUCAAUCUGAUAAAUGUGCUUCGAGGCAGUUGUAACUCAUUUAUAGAAACUCUUUGUUGACACAAAUAAUAGGAUAAUCCCUUACUAAGAACAUGAUUUACAUUCAUUCUUCACAAUUAAGAGGCAGCAAAUCCUACAUUUUCAUUGGUCGAGAGCACUUUGCUAUAUUCUAACUUCAGUGAGAGUCAGGCAGUCGUACUGACAACAUCCGCCUAAUUUGGAAAUUUACAUGUAUUCCAUCCUGAAUCAUUAAAUUGUUAACUACUG